GUAAAAGUACUCUCACAAGGGGUUUUAGAAGCAGGGGGGUAAGCUCAUAGUUCUAAAACCCUAAAAAGUGAGUGAUGGAACUUCAGACCCUUUGUUGCGCUCUUCCCUCUCAACCACUUCACUCUUCCAAUCAUCGUAUUCUAUCAUCACCAGCGUUUGGAAUCCGCGCUCCAUUCACAAAUCAAAGACAAAGAUUUCGCUUCGGAAACGCCUCAAAAUGUUUAAAAUGGGUGAUUAAAGAGCCUUCACUUUUGGGAUUGAGCAAAUUCCAGAGGCUUCUUGUACAUUCUUCUGAUUCCAAUUUAAACGGUGGCUUGGAAGUUCAUCCAAAACAAAGUUCUAGUGUGCCCGUUACUACAUUUAACGGGGCGGAACCGUUUCAUGGUAAAUCAGGUUCCGUCUCUUUUUGUGGCCUGACACACCAAUCUGUAGAAGAAGGGAAAUUGGAAUCUUCCCCCUUUGAAGGAAAGGGUGGCUCUUUCUUAUGGGUCUUAGCUCCUGCUGCGUUCAUAGCGUCUUUGAUUUUGCCACAGUUUUUUGUUGACAAUGUGGUUGAAGCUUUCCUUAAUAAUGUGAUUUUAAUAGAUAUUGUGACUAUAUUCUCCCACGAGGUCCUGUUCUACAUUGGACUAGCGACAUUCUUGCAUGUGACUGAUUGUGUCCAGAGGCCGUAUUUGCAGUACAGCUCAAAAAGAUGGGGUCUUAUUACUGGCCUCAGAGGAUACCUAUUCUCUGCUUUCUUCACCAUGGGUUUGAAGAUUAUUGCUCCUCUCAUUCUUUUGUUUGUGACAUGGUCAGCAAUUCGCAUUGCAGCAUUUGUUGCUAUAACUCCAUUUUUAGUUGGCUGUGUUGCACAAAUUGCAUUUGAGAAAGCUUUGGACAAUCGUGGGUCAUCUUGCUGGCCUCUAGUCCCGGUUAUAUUUGAGGUAUACAGACUAUAUCAGCUUACAAAAGCUGCUAAUUUUGCCGAGAAGUUGUUAUUCUCUAUGAAGGGGCUUCCUGCGGGCCCUGAAUUGGUAGAACGAAGUGGAGCUUUGUUCGCAAUGUUAAUCACCUUCCAAGUACUCGGGAUUGUGUGCCUUUGGUCAUUGAUGACAUUUCUUUUGAGGCUAUUCCCUUCUAGACCUGUAGCAGAUCAUUACUGAGUUUAGCGUGAAUUAGGGAAGAGUGUUGUAUAUAUUUGCGUAACAUUUUUAUCUGUAAGGCACGGGCACUAUUAGUUGAUUAACUUCAAUGCAGGCUUUUCAUUAAAAAAAUUGUUGCCC